AAAAUUUAGCACUUUGUCAAAACUUUACCGUCAUUUGCAGUCAAAAUUUACAGUAAAAAGAUUUUUUUGAAGAAAACUAAGAAAGUUUUAAGUUUGUAAACAUGUCGUGUGCGCGUUGCGGAUCUGGAAUAUACAAAACCGAAGAUUUUAUAUCUUUGAACAAGGUUUGGCACACCAGUUGCUUUACUUGCUUUCAGUGUAAUAAAGGGCUAAACAAAGACACCGCGAAAAUAUUCCAAGGGGAGCUGUUUUGCGAAUGUUGCUACACUAGCGUCAUUGAAAAGCUUUUUGAGGUAAUUUCGUCGCCUUCUCUCAAUAAGCCUUGCAAGGUACUUUCAACGCCUAGUUGCGCCCUUAGCAAGACAUUCGUGCAGAAAUUGGCGACUUGCACCAACCGAACUUGUUGCGAGACGAAAGAGUACUGUUUUCCUGCUGAAAAACCCGUGGUUUGUCCGUCCAGAAAAGUUCACUCAUGCAGCUGCAUUCCGAGCGAGAAUUUUGCGAAAAAUGAGUAUUGUUUCAUUUUUCCUAUUCCAAGAGAAGUGGCCAAUUAUUAUAAUAGGGCGCACAUGAGGGCAAAAGCUAAAAAUCCGGUACUUUGCAAUUCGAACCCAAGAUGUCCAGCGUGCAGUUGCAAGAGAACAUGUAAUGAGCCACCAAAAUGUUCCAUUCAGGUUCGGGCAUUGAAAAACCAAUGUGACUGCAAAAGUUGCCAAAAACAGCCGGUAUGCAACACACCAAAGAGAUGUUGCUGCUUCAAAUCACCUGACUCCUGCCCGCCCAUUUUCACCACUGGUUGCAGUUGCUGCCUUCCAUCGGAGCCAGAAUGUUUUAAACCAUGCUCCCCAAGCCCGCCUUCGGCACGUUCUUCAGCUCCAGCUUGCCAAUGUUACCAAAAACACUCAUGCAAACCUUGCUACCCUCCAUGUAACUACUGCCAGAAAAAAUGCUGUUCACCACCCAAAUGUGCUCCAGCUAGGCCUUGCCCUCCCGCCAAGUGCUGCCCGCCGAAAAAAUGCCUUCAGAAGAUGGAAGGUUGCUGCCAAGAGACCCCAAAAUAUUGCUGCAAAACUCCGCCUCCCACAUGCUGUCUCCGAACUGCUAAGUAUUGUGUGUGCGGGAAUUUGAAUCCUUGCAACUGCAAAAUGGCACAAAUCAGAGCACAGUGUGUUGUGUGUUGCAAAAGAUGUGACCAAAAGGUAUAUGCGGCUGAAAAGGUUCUGGUGUCGUCUGGAGCUUAUCACAAUAGCUGUUUCACAUGCUACUGUUGCAGCAAAUGUUUGGACGUGAAAAAUGUUUACGAGGGAUGCGGUGAAAUCUACUGCAAACAAUGCUACAACCACUUCUUUGGUAUCCAGUAUUACGGCUUUGGAGGGCCCAAUUGCUAAGUUAGCUACUUUGAAGGGAUUCAUUUGUAUUGUGUUCAAAUUAAAAUCACUUAAAUCUAA